AGUUCAACCUUGUUUGCUACUAACAUUCACAUUUUCAUUGUACAGAUCCUGAGAUUCACCCUUUAGGGGGGAAAUCCCUUCUUAUUGCGUGGCAAGAUGUUACCGUGCACAACGGCAUUAUUUAGGCAAACACUAAAAGAAUGCUCAGCUCCAACCACAUUUUCCUUUUCCCACUUUUUCAUGCCAAACCAUGUAUCAUGACAAUCUCCCUCUCUCAUAACCCCAUAUAAUAAUAUCAACACAAAAGAUCACCCCAUAUGCCUAAAACCAAACCACUAGCCAAAACAAAUCAACUUCAAACUUCUUACAAAAUGGAACCUCACAGCCUUUGUUCCUCAGUGGAAACAUCGACACAACAUAUCAACACAAUCAUAGACCUUAUUUCACCUUAUCAUCAUUGUUUCACACUGCUUUUGGUUGCUUCUCUAGCAGCAACCCUUUUCUAUGCAUGCAGAAGAAAAGCACCAAUUUACUUGAUAGACUUCACCUGCUACUGUCCACCAAGUUCCUAUAGGCUACCACUGGCCAUGUUUGAAGAGAAUCAACUUUAUGACAACAUGGAUCCUGAGGCUGUUUCUUUCCAAUGCAAGAUCAUGGCCAAAUCAGGAUUCAGUGAGCAAACAUCCAUUUCUCCAUCUCUUGCUCAGAUACCAAAAAUAAAAGCUCUCUCCUUUGCCCUUGAGGAAGCUGAAACCAUGAUGUGUUCAGUAAUCAAAGACUUGUUUGAGAAACACAACAUCAACCCAAAAGCCAUUGACAUACUCAUCACUAAUAGUAGUGUCUUCUGCCCCACACCGUCUCUCAGCGCCAUGGUCGUUAACAAUUUCAGAAUGAGGAGCAACAUCAUGAGCUUCAACCUAUCAGGUAUGGGAUGCAGUGCUGGAAUCAUAUCAAUGAGUCUAGCUAAGGACUUGUUGAGAGUUCAUAGGAACUCAUUGGCUUUAAUAGUAAGCACAGAAACUUUGAGUCUUAAUUGGUACACUGGUAAAGUCCCUUCUAUGCUGUUAUCUAAUUGUCUAUUCAGAAUGGGUGGAGCAGCUAUAUUGAUGUCUAGUAGAGUCCAAGAUAUGCAUAAGGCAAAGUAUAAACUUCAGCAUAUUGUUAGAACAAUCACUGCACAGGAUGAUCAAUCUCAUGGAUGUGUCUACCAACAAGUUGAUCCAGAGAACAAGGAAGGUAUAUCGAUCUCAAAGAACAUAGUAAAUGUGUCUGGAGAUGCACUGAAGAAAAACAUAGCUUCUCUAGGACCAUUGGUUCUGCCUCUGAAGGAGCAAUUCUUGUACUUGUUUUCAAUUAUUCGUAACAAAAUUUGGAGUGCAAGGAAGAUAAGCAUGUACACUCCAAAUUUCAACCAUGCUUUUGAGCAUUUCUGCAUACAUUCAGGUGGGAGAGCCAUCAUUCAAGCUGUUGAGAGAAACUUGAGGCUUAGGAAACAGGAUGUGGAGCCGUCAACCAUGACUCUUUACAGGUUUGGAAACAUUUCAUCUUCUUCGAUUUGGUAUGAGCUGAGCUACAUAGAAGCAAAAGGGAGGAUGAAAUGUGGUGAUAGGGUGUGGCAAAUUGCAUUUGGAAGUGGAUUCAAGUGUAACAGUGCUGUGUGGAAGUGUGUUUGUGAUGUGAAGUCAGACACUGCCACUGCAUGGAGGGAUACAAUUCAUUCAUACCCUGUGGAUAUUGUGAGAACAAACUGAGGAUACUGAUCAUUGUGGAUUUGAGUCUAAAUUUCAAGCUCCAACAUCUUAUAUUCCUCUUCCCAAAUGUAAUAUUUAAUUUGAAAAAAAAAAAUUAUAUCCAAUGUAGUUGCA